AGUACUCGCGGAGACGGCACCGGCGCAACCUCGCUCUGCUGCUGCUGCUGUGCCGCGGGAGUGCGGGUGGCACGUGCCGCUAUGGCUUUGGAUUAUAAAGUUUUAUCAUAACGUAUGUUAUCAUCGUAGGCGAGAUGUGAUGUGGUUGUAGAGCGUGAUAUAGUAUCGUAUAUGCAUAUAGUGCGGGGGUUGAAGAGAAGAGUAUAGUAGAGUCGCGGGAUAUAGCCUGGAGGAAGAUGCUGGAGUUGUACGGGGUUGUACCGGGUGACGGGGGUGGUCCAGCUGUGGGAUACGGGAUGCAGCAGACGCCGCAGCCACAUCGUCAUCAUAACCAUCAUCAUCAUCAUAAUCAUGUUCAUCAUCAUCAUCAUCAGCAACCACCGCCGCCGCCACGACGGGUCGUCAGCACUUUACAGGCUGAACAGCUCGCUGCCCUUGAGACGUGCCUGCAACUUUCGUCGCCUGAAUUAAUGAGGAAAGUGCCAAACGCCGGCGCGGUUGCCUCCGUCACUCCGCAGCAGCUUUUACGCCGGCCGCGUGAACCCAUCGAGCUUCUGUGCGCUAUACCGGACACCUCGAAGCAGCAGCAGCAGCAGCAACACCAGCAGAUACAGCUGCACGAGGAUAAGCCGGCCGCUGCGGCCGAAGAAACGACGUCGACAGCGGGAGAGCGCAAAGGUGCCGCUGGGAGAAGCUGGGCCGUGACGAUCGGCCUGUUACUUUUGGCCUGUGCCUUAAUAGCCGGUAUCGGAUUGCCUUUGGCCUUGGAGCUGCGCAGCUCGAACCUACUCGAGGCCAGGCUGCGCGUCGUCAAGAAAAUCCUCUCCAAGACGCCGCUUAUUGACGGCCACAACAACUUCGCGUGGAACCUGCGCAAGCAGCGCGGCAGCACGCGUCUGCGGGACUUCCCCUUCGACGUUGACCUGUCGAAGAACGCCUCCUGGGGUCCGACCUGGCAGACCGAUCUGAUAAGACUGCGCCAGGGCAUAGUGGGCGCCCAGUUCUGGUCGGCCUACGUUCCCUGCGAAGCUCAGUUCCUCGACGCCGUCAAGCUCACACUCGAGCAGAUCGACGUGGUGCGGAGACUGGUGGCCAAGUACGCCGAGAAGAUGAGGCUGGUGACGUCGAGCCGGGAACUGGAACAGGCCCACAAGGACGGGGUCAUCGCCAGUCUGGUGGGAAUCGAGGGCGGGCACAGCAUAGGUGCCAGUAUGGCCGUGCUCAGGAGCUUUCAUCACCUCGGCGCGAGGUACAUGACGCUCACCCACAAGUGCAACACGCCCUGGGCUGACUCGGCGAUAGCCGAAGACCCGGACAAGGACCUGGUGACGUUGGGCUUCUUCAGCGACGGCCUGACGAGUUUCGGCAAAGCUGUGGUGCGAGAACUCAACAGACUCGGGAUGUUGGUGGAUCUGUCGCACGUCUCGGUCAGAACGAUGAGGGACGCGCUGGCGGUGUCGACCGCGCCCGUCGUCUUCUCGCACAGCGCCGCCAGGGCGCUUUGCAACUCCUCGAGCAACGUGCCCGACGACGUGCUCAGGAACCUGACCCUCAACGGCGGCCUCGUCAUGGUGAGCUUCGACAGCGCUCAUCUCAGCUGCGGAGAUAAGGCAUCGAUGCGCGACGUCAUAGCUCACAUCAACCACAUAAGGCAGAUCGCCGGAGUCGACCACGUGGGACUUGGAGCUGGUUACGACGGGAUAUCCAAUCCACCAACGGAGCUCCCGGACGUCGCGGGCUACCCUCUGCUUCUGGCCGAGUUGACUCGCGACCGACGUUGGCCCACUUCGGACAUCAAGAAGCUCGUCGGGGGCAACCUGCUGCGCGUCCUCAAGGAGGUCGAGCAUCACGCCUCGACUUUGGCCGACCAGACACCCGCCGAGGAGUGGAUUCCGCGUGAGCUGAUAGAGGACACCGCCUACUGCAGGUACCUCGGCGUCUGAAGCUCUCACUCCACUUUCGUGCAUAUACAUACUUAAGGCUCGAUUUUCGCGAGGGAAGACGAGAAGGAGCUCGUUACACGUGACGCAUCGUCGUCCGCUGGGGAUUUUCCGUUUGUGUGUGUGUGUGUGUGUCAUAAUGAAGCCGUAAAUAUUAAUUCCGCUGGGUGUGUAAAUAUAGAUAGAAAUGUGAGCGAAGCGAAGCGUGUUAGUGAAAAUUUAGCGCAGAGGUGUGCCGUCGUAUGACUCGAUUUUCUCGCUCUCGGCUCUCGUCUUCUCCCUUGCGAUGAUCCGGUUAUCGUUGUCGUGUUUAUUAUUAUUCGAGUAAGUCAUCGAGGGCCAAUUGUAUCAACUCGAGCGCGGUCGAGUGUAAAAAGUUCUUUAGAGGGAGAUGACGUAUUGACUUUGCAAUAAAAAAAAGGAUAUAUAAAUAUAUGAUUGUUCGUAUAUUUCGAGUGCGUAGCGUCGCGUGUGUACAUUGUUGAAUAAUAAUUCAUACUCUGACUAUUAUUUCUCAUGGAUUCGCAUAACUGCCAACGUAGAAACGGUGUGUGGGGUGUCGGCGGCUUUUCUCCCUCUCUAAAAUCUUUGUAAAUUAUAUAAGGCACUUUUGUAAACGAUUUUCAUGUGUACUUUAAGUGUAUGAGGUUUGUUGCGAUAUAAUAAUUAUGAUAUAAUACGACCGAAAAUAAAAGUUGAUGAUUUUUAUAUGAAUUUUCAAUAAAAGAUACACGAUUUUUCUUGGUCGCAACAUUUUCUACGAACGAAUAUUAUUCUCACAUACGAAUAACUACGACUUUCGAAGCAUAUUUUAAGUAGAAUGAAAUAGUCACCGGACCUUUUUGUACUCGUAUGAAUAUGUGUAUGCAACGAUUGCGUUAUACUGCUGGCUACUUACAGGAUGAACGCGUAAGCAAAGCGCGCACAAUAAUAUAGCUUGUAUAAAAGGUGACUUAAAAAGAGGUUUGAUUGUAUGCCUUAUAUGCGAUGCCGGAAGAAUAUAGAAACGAGCAUUGUUACAUAGCAGCUUGUCGUUCAGUUUUUGUAUACGAUGCAAUUUUCCAGAAUAAAAAUGAAAAUCACAAUAGCUAACAUUUGUUAUAAAACGACGUUUUAUUAUGCGAGCUUGUAAUUUGUACUGCUGGGAUAAACUGGUUUGUAAUUUCUUGUAAAUAAUAAAGCAGUACUCGAAACUCGA